AUGGCACCCCGGGCCCGGGUGGUUGCUCAGUCGUUAAGAUUGUCCUUCAGAGGCUACGCCAACUGGCCCGAACACACCGUGAUCAACAUGCCGGCGUUAUCGCCCACCAUGACCCAGGGGGGGAUCGCUCUGUGGCUGGUGAAGCCCGGCGACGAAUUGCAACCCGGGCAACUGAUUGCUGAAAUCGAAACCGACAAGGCCACCAUGGACUUUGAAUUCCAAGAAGAAGGGUACAUGGCCCAGAUCUUGCUUGGCGACGGGACCAAGGACAUCCCCGUGGGUAAGCCUAUUGCUGUCUACGUCGAAAACAAGGACGACGUCGACGCGUUCAAGGACUUUAAGCCCGAAGACGCUGCCGAUGCCGACCAGCUGGCCGCUGAAGCUGGCAACGCCGCUCCUAAGGAAGAACCUAAGCAAGAAGAACAACCUAAGCAACAAGAAGCUCCCGCCAAGAAGCUGACUUCGUCGAAGAAGCUGCCCACUUUGGCUUCGGGCGACCGCAUCAGAGCGUCGCCUUUGGCUAAGCUGAUUGCCCUCGAAAAGGGUAUUGCUUUGGCUGGCGUCAAGGGUUCCGGCCCCGACGGCAGAAUUUUGGCUAAGGACCUUGAAGGCUUGGCCAAGAAGGCUCCUGCUGCUGGUGGCGCCGCUGCUGCCACCGGUGCUCCCGCCGCUAACGACUACGAAGACAUCGAAAUCACCUCGAUGAGAAAGACUAUCGGUCUGAGACUUCUCGCUUCGACCCAAAACGCUCCUACCUACAUUGUGUCGUCGACCAUCUCCGUCAACAAGCUCCUCAAGUUGCGUGCUCUGUUGAACGCGUCGGCUUCCGACCGUUACAAGUUGCUGGUAAACGACUUGUUGAUUAAGGCCGUGGCCGUGGCUGCCACUAGAGUCCCCGACGUCAACGCCUCGUGGUUGGGUGACCAAGGCGUCAUCCGUCGUUACAAGAACGCCGACGUGCUGGUGGCGGUGGCUACUCCUACUGGUCUCAUCACCCCCAUUGUCUUUGGCGCCAACCAAAUCGGGUUGUCGGAAAUCUCCCACAAGAUGAAGGACUUGGGUAAGCGGGCCAAGGACGGCAAGUUGCAACCUCAAGAAUUCCAAGGUGGUACUAUUUGCAUCUCUAACUUGGGUAUGAACCACGCCGUGACCAUGUUCACCUCGAUCAUCAACCCUCCCCAACUGGCCAUUCUUGCCAUUGGUACCACCGAAAAGAAGGCGGUGCCCUCGAGUGCCAGUGAACACGGCUUCAUCUUCGAUGACGUCAUGACCAUCACCGGUACCUUCGACCACCGUGUCAUCGACGGUGCUCUUGGUGGUGAAUACAUGAAGGAAUUGAAGAGAGUUGUGGAAAACCCCUUGGAAAUGUUGGUUUAG